AUGUUGGGAAUACACCAGACUGUGAUUGUUCAAGAAUUGAUGUGGCCUUAUGCCCCUGGAAGGCGGGGAUUCAUCAUAUUUAUAUGGAAUUUAAGGAAAACUUUUGCCAAUAAAGAAGCAGGGUAUAAAGAAGGACUUAUUCCAGCUGUCCGAAAUGCGUCACCCCUUCUUGAAGGUAGGAACCUUCACUCGUACAAGGAGGAGACUGAAUGCGACGUCCACCAAGGGCCUCAGAUUCGUGUUCGUAUGAACCGCAACCAUGGCAAAGUUGUCCCUUAUGCCGAAGUUUGUCUUCUCUUCAAGUUUGUUGCAAGGUUGACAUGUAAAACGGGAUAGUACGUUUGCCUGCAUCAAAACGUGCAACAAAGGAUGUAUGGGAAAAUCUGCAAUAAGACACCCCUCUGUCCACUUAUAAAUGUAAUUUUGUUCAUUUUAA